AUGAGCGCAGCAGGCUUGGUCCUCCUGGGGCUUGCUCUGAGGUUGAUGGCCACUCCUGCUAAGCCAGAGGAGAGCAGCGUUUGCUCUAAGAACCAAGUGGCUUUCAGAGACUCUUGCUAUGAAUUUGUGCCUUUUGGCCGCUCUUUCUAUGGCGCCCAGAACUGGUGUGAGGAGCGAGGAGGCCAUUUGGUCUUUAUUCACGAUGAAGGCACCAGCAGUUUCUGCAAAAGCACAUCUCUCAGGACAGGGAAUGGUGGAUUGGACUCACAGGGAACUCGGCUCAGAAUGGAACCGCAGAAGGCCUCUCCUGCUCCCGACACCUGCGGCUACAUCGGGAGAGACCCUUCUGCCAGGUGGGCUGCCAAAGACAACUGCGCACAGCUGUUCGCCUUCAUCUGCGAGUUUGGUGUCAGCCAGAGUCUGGCCUGCAAGGGCCAUGAUGCCACCAUGCACUGUGGCUUCGGGGAGGUCAUUCAGAUCCGGGAUGCUUUCUACGGGCGCCAGACUCGCCAUUAUUGCACCCAGGACGCUGGGAGCCCCUUGAACCUGGAGGAGGAAUGCAGCUGGGUCAGCGUCAAGGAUGAAGUGUCAGGACAGUGCCAGGGGCUGCAGGCAUGCAAAUGGGACCUUCUCUGGAGACCUGUGCCCCACCCAGGGCAGCUACCUCUGGGUGCAGUACCAGUGUGGGAAGGCCUGCCGCUGACGGUGUCCAAUGAGAGUUUCGUCUUCGAUAACGUCACCAUCUCCCUGAUGUGGCUCGUCUCUCCCUACACUGGAAACCUGUCCGGUGUCAUUAUCACGGGGGAUGGCCACACUUUUGAUCCCUACUACCCCCCCAGUGUGGGAGCCAGCCCUCUCUGCCAGGUUGUCUUCGGGGACCCUAUGUGGAUUCAGGUGGAGCUUGAUGGAGAAAUGGAGGUGACUUACACUGUGCUAUCAGAUAACACAACCCUGGCUGACCCACCACACACCGCCCUGCUCCCCUACAACCUCACCCUGGACAGAGCAGCCCAGCAGGGGGUGGGUCCAGGGAUGGACCACCUGGAGACCCGAGCCACCAGCAACACCACCACCUCUGCACCCUCCACAAACAUCACGGUCCACUUCAUGAAACCUCUGUCAGGGCCGCAGGCCUCCUGGGCUUCUGACCACUUGGAGCUUGGACAGGAUCUACUGGUCAACAUCUCAGUGGCUCAUGGCAUCCCAGAAGAGCUGACCUUUGAGGCAGCAGGACUCAAUGCAUCCUUCUCCCAUGAGGGAGAGAGCCUUGGGCGGCCAUCUGGGAUUUACCAUGUGGCAGUUCCUCUUGAAGAUACUUGGCAUUGUCUGACACCUGUUCCCACUGUGUUCACAGCUCCUUCCAAUCUCCAAGAAUUAUCUGGAACAAAUGCUGAGGAAAAGAAUAGAGAUAAAGGGGAUGUGGAGGUAUAUGUGGAACCUGGUCAGUAUGUGGAUCCUUUCACGACAGUGACUCUGCACUGGCUGGAUAGUGACAAGGAUUUACGCUUCCACUGGUCAUGUGGCCAUUGCUGGGCUCAGUGGAAUGACUGUGUUGAGAGGCAGCUGCUUUGCACAGACCAGAGGGAGCUGGUGGUCCCGCCGUCCUGCCUGCCACCACCCAAUUCUGCAGUCACCCUGCACCUGGCCAUCUGGAGAGGCCAGGAGCUGGAGAAGCAGGAGAAGCAGUGCCUUUAUGUGUUUGCCCCCCUGGAACUCAAGCCUCUAGUCAGCUGUGAGAAGAACUGCGGGCCAGUGAAUGCCAGCGAAGAUGUUAUGCUCAGGGUCUCCAUGGGGAACGACUCCCCAGCAGCCAUGUUCAGCUGGUAUUUAGAUAACACUCCACUAGAGAAGAUCCAGCCCCUCCCAGCAGCCUGUAGACGCCGAGGAUUUUGGCCAAGAUCUUUAAUCCUCCCCCAGAGCAACACAUCCACGCUGCUGCUCAACAGCUCCCUGCUGCAGGCCUGGGGCCAGGCCAGCCGCAUCCAAGUCACAGCAAUGACCAGGCACGUCUACAGGGAGGACACCUAUGUUAUCAGCUCUCUGCCUCCCCCCGAGGUGCCCACCUGCAUCAUUGCCCCCGAGGAGGGCACCGUUCUAACAAGCUUCGCCAUCUUCUGCAACACCUCCGCGGUCCUGGGCCCCCUGGAGUACUGCUUCUGUCUGGAAUCAGGUACUGGCCAAGGCUAG